AUGGCAGGCCGAGCUGAUGUGGAAGGAAAGCCCAUCCGCAGUGGCCUCCGAGCUGCUGCCCCGCCCGCUCUACUACUGGGAGGGACCAACGCCGAGACCUGGCUCCAGCCGCGGGGGGCGCUGUCCCGCUUUCCUGCAGCAGGAAGUGGAGACUCGCAUGCCUUCUGUGACCGCCCCGAGGGGAAACGUCAUAUCCGGCCCUGCGCACACUGCACCGGAACUGCGAUCACCGGGAAGUUCCACCUCUUGGUGACCUCGGACCGCAGCAUAAGCCUCAGAAGCCACUUCAAUGUCCCUUCUCACGUGCUCCGGAAGACCAUGUCUUCCCGGCUGUCCAAGGAACUGCGGCAGAAGUACCAUGUCCGCUCCGUGCUUGUCCGCAAGGACGAUGAGAUCCAGGUGGUUUGAGGACGCUACAGAGGUCAGCAGGUCAGCAAGACAGCCCAAGUGUACAGAACUCGCUACCUCAAGCAGGGACAGCGUGAGACGACUAACAGCAUGACUGUCUACGUGCGCAUCCACCCCAGCAAGAUAGAUAUCGCCAGGCUGGAACCAGACAAAGACAGGGAAAAAGUUCUUGAAUGCAAAGCCAAGUCUCGGCAGCUUGGGAAAGAGAAAGGUCAAUGCAGGGAGCUCACUGAGGACACAGGAGUGAAAUAGGCGGUCAUGCAGCCAGGGCUGACCGCAGAGGCCUUGUCUGGUGUCUGCUUCAAACCUUUCAAAGUGUGGCUGAUGUGUUUCAUUGUGUUUUGCUACUAACCUGUCACUCUUGUAAAUCUCCUUUUGCAGUUUCGAUAACUCAUGAAUAAAAAUUGGAGCCGUUUUCUAAUGUCAA